UCAGCAUCAGUCGCAGCCCAGUCAGCCGUCAGCUAGCAACAGUUAUUCGUUCCAUUCCGCACAAUGGCCUUCCGUUACGUCAUCUCCCUCUGCGCCCUGGUGGCCUAUGCCAAUGCCGGCCUCUUGGCCAGCCAUGUGGCCGUGGCUAAUCCUGCCGUGGAUGCCGUUGCCUCCACGCAGCAAAAUGUGGUGCGCUCCUUCGGCGGCACCGUCUCCAGCUACUCCAAGGCCGUUGACACGCCCUACUCCAGCGUGCGCAAGACAGACACUCGUGUCCAGAACAAUGUGUACACCCCGGCCAUUGCAAAGACCACCUAUGCGGCUCCUCUGUACACUCAGGCCACGCCUCUCGUGCAGAAGACUGUCUACGCUGCUCAAGCUCCAGUGCUGGCCAAGACCGUGUCCUAUGGCGCCCCAUCCUUCACCUACUCGGCACCUGCUCCGGUUGUGGCCAAGACUGUUUCCUAUGGUGCUCCAGCUGUCACCUACUCUGCUCCGGCUCCCGUUCUGGCCAAGACCGUCUCGUAUGCUGCUCCUGCUCCAGUUCUGGCCAAGACCGUCUCCUACGCUGCUCCUGCUCCUGUGCUGUCCAAGACUGUCUACUCGGCACCCGUGAUCGCCAAGAGCUAUGCCGCCCCAGCUGUCGCCUAUGCCGCACCACUGGCCACCACCAACGUGAACCAUGGACCAAGUGCCACCACCUACACCCACAAUGCACCCGCCCUGGGCGUCUCCAGCUACGGCAGCUCCCAGACGGUGCGCUACUCGCCCGCCGAGAGCGUCUCCCACAUGAGCUUCGAUGGCUUCGGCACCCACUGGGGCUUCUAGACACGAGCUGGCGCCACGAAUUGUUGAAACUUCUUGUUAAUGUUGAUUAAUUCGUUAAUAUUGAUAAUAAA